CGCCGUGGAGACCGUGCUGUGGGAUCUCGUUGUUAAACGCCUUUUGUUUUUUUCUGUCUUGCUGUUUCUAGGGCUAUACCGUGUUUGGCAGUCGAGUACGGUUUCGUUUGCAUGGAUUUGUUAUUUUUGUUUUGUUAUUGUAUACUUUUCGUAGGGCUCCAGAAGAUUGCGAUUUGUAAAAUGUAGAAUCGCACGUACAAGUAUGGAUUGUUUCCACGGCCUGUUGCUUUGCUGUGCAAAAUAAUAAUAUGCAAUGCAAGAAGUCAGCUUUCCCUUACACGCUGUUUUUUGAUAGGGGAGAAUUACAAUAAUAAACAAUACUACAGUGUAAUAUUUUAAUACAAUACCGUACAAGAGCGUGGCUUUAUUUUCUCACUAUUAGGUUAUCUGCAGUGAGUUGAGUGACACACUGUAGCGGUCUCUAUUGCUUCUCAAAAGCUAGAUUAGGCUAGUUUACUUUUUGUCUUUCAGCUAAAAGAUCUAUUUAAUGUUGUUCCAUAUUUGUUUGUGAAAUUGAACACAGCUUGAUAAUCAACCAAUUUCCAACCUAAAUCAAUAUAUGGAACAGUACAGGAUUCAGAAUUGCUGUCACAAAAAUAGCCAAAUAUCAGUAUGGAGCUCCCUUACUAUUGCAUCUCAACCUGCUUUGGGUCAGUCUCUCUGGGAGGAAUAUUCAAACCUAAACUGCAAAAAAUGACCCUGCUCUUAAUUGCAGCUGGAAGCCCAGGCGGGGAAAGGUGCGGGCGGAUGAGGAUGGGGCGGCGCCGAUGGGCACGUGUGCAGGGAUGUGUUCCGAGAGGGAACGUCUGGAGCGCCAGAGACAGAAGCGGCUGCACCGCUUCGAGAUCCUGCCGGGCACCGAGCGGGACAGGCUGCCCAGCGCCGACCCCAGCCGGGCUGUGAAGGAGUACAGCCGGCCCGCCGCGGGCAAAGACUCCACCUGCCCCAGCGAGCUGCGCCCGCCGGCGGUCCUCCUCAAAACCGUCUGCUACCUGAUAGACGAGAUAGCAUCAGGACAGACCGGGGCACCCUGGACAGAGGUUUACGGCUUCGUGUUUGACCGUCUGCGGAGCGCGCGGCAGGACCUGACGAUCCAGCGGGUGAGCGGGAAGCCAUGUGCGGCUGUGCUGGAGCGGACUCUGCGCUUUCUCGUCUACGCCUCCUACAGGCUGUGCCAGGAGCCGCUGCGCUGCUUCGACCCCAAGAUAAAUGACACGCAUGUCCAGGAGUGCUUCAGCUGGCUGCUGGGCUGCUACCGGGAGGGGAUCCACGACAACGAGCCCGAGGUCCAGGCCCUGGGCCUGCUCUAUAAUCUAGGCUCCCUCCACGCGCUGCAGCACACCCUGCAGCUCCCCGAGCUGGUGAGGAGCUCCGCGCCGGUCAGGCUGGCAGCGUCGGUGAGCCGGGCGUACCUGGAGGGCAACUUCGUGCGGUUCUUCCGGCUGCUGCAGAGCCUGACGUUCCUGCAGAGCUGCGCCGUGCACCGGCACCUCCCUCGCUGCCGGCAGGAGAUGCUUCUCUUCUACAGCCACGGGUACAGCAGCAGGAACUGCCGCUACCCCCUGCCGCUGCUGGCCGAGCUCCUGGCUCUGGAGGGCUCCGGCGAGGCGGCAGAGCUGUGCCGGGAGCACGGCCUCACGGUGGCCAGCGACACGGUGACAUUCCUGAAGACGGCCUUCAAAUACCCGCCAGUGCUCGUUAACAGACAUUCCUACGAACUGGUGGACAGGAAACAGGGAGACAGAAGCAUCGCAGACGUUCUGCACGGCUACGCCUAGCCUCGGCACUGUAUUAUUGUGAUAUCUGAUUUACUGCUGGGGGUGCCUUGAAGAUAUUUAACCCUGUAGUACCCACUGAUGUAGCAACAGUUCUUUGCCACUUCUGAAGCAGUAAGUCAGGGAUGGAGGUCAGACUCCCAUUGCAUAGCGAUCUGAUCCAUUCCUGGUGUUACUUUAGGUUUAAUAAGACUUGCCUGAGCUUGUUGCCUAUACAAGGUGUCUAAUCAGGCUUGUAUUAAAACCUGGAAUGGGGUGGAACGGCUGUGCAAUAGGAAUCUUAUUUCCAUCCCUGCAUUAGGGCGUUUGUUUUUGCCUAUGGACACAUUGCAGGUAAAUUGCUUCUGAUCCAUUGAAAAUGUAUUACAUGGGCAAUUUACCUGUUUUUUUUUACAGGCCAUUUUCAAAGGCCAACAUUUUUAAAGGCAUUACAUUAUGGGGG